UAAAAGCGCAUUGAAAUAAAGAUUAAUGGAGAAGUUGAGAUCCGAUAUCAAUCUCUGUCUAGGUGCUUCUUUUCCCUUAUCGGCUCACGUUCUCACUUUCUCGCUCCCACAGGAAAUUUUCCCACCAAGCCAAGAAAAAGAGAACCGAACCAAAAUUUAUUUUUUUUAUUUUUAUUUUAAUUUUAAUUUUACAAUACACAGAGAGAGAGAGAAGAAGGCGACGAAGAAGAAGAAGAAGAAGAAGAAGAAAGAAGAUGGUCUGGUCUAAGAAGAUAACGAUAGCAAACCCUAGGAAUUAGAAUAACUUAUGGCCGCAGCGGCGCUUUUCUUGGUUUGAUUUCUGGGACGAUUGUUGCCGCUUAGGUUGGGGACUUUUUAUUGUCAUUCUCUGAUUGGCGGUGGUUUCGAGCUCCAGAUUAAGGCACCAGGAGGCUGAUUAGGGCUGUGGCAGAGGUGUUGGUUGUUGUUUGGUGCGAGUUAAGUGGUAGGGUUUUUGGAAUAGGAGGGGGCCGGGGUUUCCCAUGCGAUUGUGUUGGUUUUCAUGCCGCCUGAACCACUGCCUUGGGAUCGGAAGGACUUCUUCAGGGAGAGGAAGCAGGAGAGGUCGGAGUCCCUAGGGUCUGUCGCCAGAUGGAGGGACUCUUCACAUCAUGGCUCGCGAGAGCUCAAUCGAUGGGGAUCGACCGAUUUUCGCAGACCAUUAGGUCACGGUAAGCAAGGUGGUUGGCGAUUUUUUUCUGAGGUGCCUGGCCAUGGGUAUGCAUCUCGGUCCAGUGAGAAGGUUCUAGAAGAUGAUGGCUUCCGGCCUUCUAAUUCUCGCGGAGAAGGGAAAUAUGGCAGAAGUAGUCGGGAAAAUAGAGGCUCCUAUAAUCAAAGAGAAUGGAGAGGUCACACCUGGGAAACAAAUAAUGGGUUUCCAAGCACACCUGGAAGAGUGCAUGACGUGAACAAUGGAUUUCCAAGCACACCUGGAAGAGUGCAUGACGUGAACAAUGGGUUUCCAAGCACACCUGGAAGAGUGCAUGACAUGAACAAUGAACAGAAAUCACGAGAAGAUUUGCCACCAUAUUCACCUUAUUCGAAUGGUAGCUUUGGAAACACAUGGGAUCAGGCUCAGUUUAAGGACCAGCAUGAGAAGGCAGGUGGUUCCAUGGGGUUGGGCACAGCUCAGAGAUGUGAUAGGAAGCAUUCUAUGGGCAUAAAUGAUUGGAAGCCUAUGAAGUGGACAAGAUCUGGAAGCUUAUCUUCAAGAGGUUCAGGUUUCAGCCACUUGAGUUGCUCUAAGACUACUGGGGCUGUUGAUUCAAUUGACACAAAGGUUGAAUCGCAGAUGAAAAAUGCAACUCCAGUUCAGUCUCCUUCAGCAGAUGCUAACGCAUGUGUGGCAUCUUCUGCACCAUCAGAGGAGAUGACUUCCAGGAAGAAGCCACGCCUUGGAUGGGGUGAGGGAUUGGCCAAGUAUGAGAAAAAGAAAGUUGAAGUCCCUGAAGUCACCUUUAACAGAGAUGGAGUAUUUGCUGUAAGCAAUGCAGAACCUUCUCAUUCUCUCAGUUCAAGCCUGAUUGAUAAAAGCCCUAGAGUGACGAGUUUUUCAGAUUGUGCAUCUCCUGCAACCCCAUCGUCUGUUGCUUGCAGUUCUUCCCCAGGUGUGGAAGAGAAAUCAUUUGGCAAGGCAGUGAGUAUUGAUAAUGAUGGUAGUAACUUAUGUGGCUCACCUGGUCCUGUGUCUCUUAAUCAUGGUCCUGUGUCUCUUAAUCAUUCAGAAGGAUUCUCGUUUAACUUGGAAAAAAUGGAUUCAAACUCAAUAUCAACAUUGGGCUCGUCACUAGUUGAGUUACUACAGUCAGAUUAUCCAAGUUCAGUGGACUCAACUUAUGUGAGGUCUACUGCAAUUAAUAAGUUGCUGAUAUGGAAGGCUGAAAUUUCAAAGACCUUGGAGGUGACAGAAACAGAAAUUGAUUCACUUGAAAAUGAACUCAAAUCAUUGAAAUCCAUCACUAUCGGUAGCUCUCCAUCAGUUUCUUGUUCUUUGCCUGCAGAGGACCGUUUAAUAUCUUCUGAAGAAGAAGUUAUUACCCAUCUUGUCCCACGUCCUGCUCUGUUGCAAAUUAGAUCCACUGAUGAUGCAGUUGCGGAAGAGUUACCAAUCAGCAAUAGUGAUAAGGAAGAAGCUUGUGCAAAUGUGAAGGCUGAGGAUGUUGAUAGUCCUGGAACUGUGACUUCGAAGUUUGUUGAGCCAUUAUCUUUGGCUAAAGCUGUAUCUUCUUCGGAUUUGUUGAAUCAUGCUACUGGGAAUUCGGAUGGCAUUCCAUUGACCAACCAAGAUGUGCAACACUCAGUGCCUGGUUCAGGAGGAGAGGAAACUGUUCCAGAUACUUAUGAGGAUUGUAGUAUGCUAACUGAGGGUGAAAUAACUGCACCUAUAAUUGAUACUUUGGGCUCAUGUACUGACGGAGAAGUUAAAUUACAGAGUGUCAUUUUGUCGUCAAAUAAAGAGUUAGCGAAGGGAGCUCAUGAUGUAUUUAAUAAGCUAUUGCCUCAAAAUGAAUUUAGCCUGGAUAGUUCUGAAGGUCUCAAUGCCUCAUCUCAGCAGGAUUAUACACUAGUUAAGGAGAAAUUUCUGAUGAGGAAGCAGUUUAAAAGGUUUAAGGAGAGAGUUAUAACCUUGAAAUUCAGAGCGUUCCAAAGCUUGUGGAAGGAAGACAUGCGUUUGCUAUCUAUAAGGAAACACCGUGCAAAAUCUCAGAAAAAGCUUGAAUUAAGCUUACGGUCAGUGCAUAAUGGUUAUCAAAAGCAUCGAUCUUCUAUCCGUUCUCGUUUUUCUUCACCAGCAGGAAACUUAAGUUUGGUCCCUACAGCAGAAGUUGUUAAUUUUACAAGCAAGUUGCUGCUGGAUUCUCAGGUCAAGCUUCAUAGAAACAACUUGAAGAUGCCUGCUCUGAUUUUGGACGAAAGGGAGAAGAUUGUGUCAAGGUUUAUUUCUAAUAAUGGCUUAGUUGAAGAUCCCUGUGUUGUUGAGAAGGAGAGGGCUAUGAUUAAUCCCUGGACCCCUGAAGAAAAAGAGAUCUUCAUGGAUAAGCUAGCAUCUUGUGGGAAGGAUUUUAAAAAAAUAGCCUCUUUUCUUGAUCACAAGACAACCGCUGACUGUGUUGAGUUCUACUACAAAAACCACAAAUCUGAUUCUUUUGAGAAAAAGAAGAAAUUGGACUGUGGUAAGCAGGUCAAGUCCUUGGCUAAUGCUACAUACUUGAAGCUAAACAAAAAGUGGAAUCGCGAGAUGAAUGCUGCUUCCCUUGAUAUUCUGGAUGUGGCUUCAGUGAUGGCGGCUAAUGCUGAUGAUUGCAUGAGAAAUCAGAAGGCAUGCUCUGGAAGGUUGAUUUUUGGAGGGUUGAGUGAAUCUAAAGCAUCACGGGGUGAUUAUGGUACUGAUGAAAGAUCAUCUAGCAUUGAUAUCGUUGGGAAUGAUAGAGAGACAUUUGCUGCUGAUAUUCUGGCUGGUUUAUGUGGAUCCCUAUCAUCAGAGGCGAUGAGUUCUUGUAUUACAAGUUCUGUUGAUCCUGUGGAGGGCUACAGGGAGUGGAGGUCUCAGAAAGUUGAUUCUGUAGUUAGACGUCCUUUAACACCUGAUGUUACACAAUAUGUUGAUGACGGGACUUGUUCUGAUGAGAGUUGUGGGGAAAUGGAUCCAACUGACUGGACAGAUGAGGAAAAAGCUAUCUUUGUCCAGGCAGUUACAUCAUAUGGUAGGGAUUUUGCCAAGAUCUCUCAGUGUGUUAGAUCGAGGUCCCGGGAUCAGUGCAAAGUUUUCUUUAGUAAGGCUAGGAAGUGCCUUGGACUUGAUCUGAUACAUCCUGGACCAGAAAAUGAAAGAACGUUUACAGGUGAUGAUGCUAAUGGAAGUGGAAGUGGCUCUGAAAAUGUCUGUGCUCGAGAAAUGGGGUCAGGUAUUUGCAGUGAUAAGUCAGGUUCUAAAAUGGAUGAGGACUUGCCAUUGUCUGCUGUGAAGAUGAAGAAUGAUGAAACUGACCCAGCUGAGAACUUUACUUCACUAACUGCGCAGAGCAGGUCAGAGGGGAAAAAUGAAAGGGAGCAACUAAACAGUAAAAGAAAUAUAGACGCUUCAGAAUCUCAGCUGUCUGAUUCAUGUCCAACUCAGAGUAGGCCCAAUGUAGUAUCUGAUGGCGAUAGUAAAAGAAACAUUGACGUACAGAGCAGGUUAGAGGAAAAAAAUGGAAGGGAACAACUAAGCAGUAAAAGAAACAUUGGCGCUUCAGAAACUCAGGAGAGUAGGCCUAAUGUAGUGUCUGAUGGCGAUAGUAAAAGAAACAUCGAUGCUUCAGAAUCUCAGGAGAGUAGGCCCAAUGUAGUGUCUGAUGGUGAUAGUACUAUCACACAAGGUGUUGGCGAAGCAAAGGUUAUUCCUAUCCAAGAAACACUCCCUGUGUUGUCCAGUAUAGACACAGGAAGAGAUGAUGGGGAUGAACAAGGGACUUCUGUUGCAGAAUUGGAAUCUGUUAGUGAGGGAAAUGAAAAUGAUAAGCUAUUCAAUACAGAAUCUGUGGUUGGGAAGAAGCCUGUAGAUGAAGUAUCUUCUGAUGAACUUGCGAACCUAAUGGACAGGCUAGAUGAGAAGUGCAAUGCAAGUACUAGUGGGCAAAGCGGCUUAGACUCUGUGGUACAGGAUUCAAAUUCAACUGGCAAUGCUUCCCACAUGACUUCUGAUAGAAACUCCUGUUCGGGAUUCAGUCUGAACCCGGACUAUCAGCGUCAAGUUUCUAUAGAGUUGAAUUCCAAGGAAAAGUCUUGUGUAAUCCCAUUGGCUCAAGAGAUUCCUCUUGUCUCUGCAAAUUCUAUAUCGCUGAACUCUGGUGCUAUUCGGUGUGAGAAAAAUGGUAAUGAAGAUAAAAUGUCAUCAUCACUGGAUUUUCAGGAGAGCAGAGAUGUGUGUCAUAUAUCUGUUUGUAAAGAUGAAUCUAAUGCCCAUGUAACAGGUCUUCCUAUAUUAACCGAUGCUCAAUCCUCCCAGGUUCUGAGGGCCUGUCCAGUACGAAUGAAUGUUAAAGUAGAGGUGAAUGGGGAUGUCAGGUGCAGAAAUUCCUCUGAAGUUCAAGGCCUUUCCAGCUCAGAAACAAGUAGCAAUGCUUCUUUAUUGCAAAAUUGCUAUCUACAAAGGUGCAGCAAUGUGAAUCCUUCUUGUUCAACGACUCAGUUUCCACUCAUGUCUCAAAAUACAGAACAAGCAAGUGAUCGUCGAAAAUCUCGUUCGCAGAGUUUGUCGGAUUCAGAAAAGCCAAGUAGGAUCGGUGGUGAUGUGAAAUUGUUUGGUAAGAUACUUACUGCUCCAUCUUUGCCAAAGGCGGAUUCCAAUUACCGGGAUAAUGAAGAAAACGAAGGGAGUAACAACCAUAAGUUGAGCAACCAGUCUAACAUGAAGUUCGCGAACCUCCACAAUUCAGAUGGAAAUUCUACCCUCUUAAAUUUUGAUCAUAAAAAUUAUUUGGGUAUUGAGAAUGUUCAAAUGAGGAAUUACUCUUAUUGGGAUGGAAACAGAUUGCAAGCCACAUUUCCAUCUGUGCCGGAUUCUGCGAUUUUGCUAGCCAAGUAUCCUGCUGCCUUCAGUAAUUUCUCUGCUCCCUCAUCUACAAUGGAGCAGCAGUCAUUGCAGUCAGUUGUCAAUAGUAAUGAGCUCGAUGUGAACGGCGUGUCUGCUUAUCCGACCAGGGAGAUUAGUAACAGCAAGGGAAUGGUUGAUUAUCAGGUGUACCGGAGCCGAGAGGCUGCUAAAGUGCAGCCAUUUACUGUAGAUGUGAAUCAGAGACAAGACAUGUUCUCUGAGGUGCAAAGACGGAAUGGAAUUGAAACUAUUUCCAGCUUUCAGCACCAAGGAAGAGGGAUGGUUGGAAUAAAUGUCUUGGGGAGGGGAGGUAUUGUUGUCGGUGGAGGAUGCACCACGGGUGUGACGGAUCCUGUGGUUGCGCUUAAAAGACACUUUGCAAAAACUGAGCAGCAAUAUGGGGGCCAGAGUAGCAGCAUUAUCAGAGAGGAUGAAUCUUGGAGAGGGAAUGGGGACAUGAGCAGGUAGUAGAUGUUAUGUUAUGCCUUUUAGAUGAAUGGGGUCUCCCGAACGCGGGCGGCCCUUUCGAGCGGCAAAUUCUUUUCAUUGCCGCCCGUUGUAUUAUAGUUUUUGUAUUGGUCAACAAUGAAAUGAUAGGGGGGCAAUAGAGGGGUUUAUUUUAAGUUCGUCUUUUUGGUAAAGUAAUCUUGUUAGAUGCGCUUGUAAUAUUCCAGCAGCUUUGUAUUUGUAUUUGAUAUAAAAAAAAUACAGAAAAUAAUUCGUUAAAAGUUAGUAGUGGGGGGGUAGUAGGAGGUUAUUUGAUUUUGACUUCUUUUUACAUCUCAUUAAUUUAUUUCCUCAAGUUCUCUCUC